AUGAAGUCCUCUGUGGACUUGGGGGCCGAAAGAUUGUCCGUGUUGGUGAGAAAUUCAUUAUCAAGUAUGGACAAAUUAACCAAAUCGAGGCGCGAGCAAUGA